GGCGGUUGGGAGGCGCGUCUAUAGCAACAGAUUUGCAGACACGAUCACGAGCCCAACACGAUGCAUCUUUACUUUUAUUAGCAGGAGCACCGGUUGUUCUACACUUCUACAGAUAUACUGAGUGUGUACACUUAAGUAUUGCCUUCUGCUUUUGUCAUGAUGGUUCAAAUUGCAAUUUCUGAAUAUGAACGCAAUCAUCUGUCGACUCUUUCGAGACUUUCCGACGAUGAUAUCGAUCAUAUUUGGUCGCGUGUGUCUUCUUUUAUUGAGAAACAGAUGUUCAUGCGAAAGGGGGUUUAUAUCUUCGGUUUAGGAACUUUCACCUUCUGCCAGCAGAAACUGAACCUCGGGAGCAAACAUAUUCUCAUACAGAGACCCAUUUUCAUCCUGUCAGAGAAGCUCUCUCAAUAUUAUGGAUUUAAACAGAUCAAACAACUGGCUACAGAUGUGCCGGUGGUGCCACUCAACUUCUCGGCUCUGAGUGCGGAGAGCCCUUAUAAGCGAGACAUUGUGGAGGGGUGCGUGCGUGAAACUGUUCAUCUGCUGCUCCGUGCCGCAUCAACGCGACAGUCUGUCUUUCAUACUUUUCCUGGGAUCGGAAUUCUUACAUUCCGGGAAAGCCGAGUAAAGGUGCUGUUCUACCCUGAUUUUAUAUCAGCCUUAGACAGCACUGGGAAACUUUCAUCAGCUUUAACCAACAGACCGGAAACAAGUAAAUCUAGUGUAUCAGAGAGACUCUGCAAUAAGCCGCCGCGACCUGCAACCAUUAGUGGCAUCACAAUUCCCAGAAUAUCUGCAGGAGAACCACUGAGAAAAGAGCCAUGGACUGAGCUGUCAGGUUUCCAUCAGACUGAUGAUGAUGAUGAUGAUUUGUGGGAGAAUCAGCAGCAAGCAGACAGAGCGACUGUGAUUGACCUCACAGAUGGGUUGAAAGACAAACGUCUGUCAAACACUGACAGAGAUGGCGAUGUCUCAUGGCCACCAGGUGGCGCCAUCAACAUCAUGACAGUAAAGAGGAGUGCCACAGAUGUGAAUCUGAUGUGUUGUGACCACAGACGGGCCGGACAGGAGUUGUGUUAUGUCUGCAUGCAGAGAGCACAGAGAAAUGUUCCUUUAUACCAGUCUGAUGAGAGGAGGAAAGCAGAGCAGGAGCAAGAACGAGUUUUAAUGCUUCAUGAACAUCAGAAAGAUCUACUGUAUUUCCAGAAAGAAGAGAUGGACAAACAGAAGAAGUGGGAAGACAGUCAGAAGGUAGCAAUGUUUAAUCUCGGUGUUGCAGAAGCUCAGAGAAACAAAAAGGCGGCCGCAUACAGCCAAUCACACGGCUCGUACAUCUUUGCGGGUCGACCCUGUACUCCAGACCGUCUGCCGCAGCAGAGACACUACAUGCAGGAGCUGAUGCAGGAGGCUGCCAGACGCAGACAGAUGCAGUCGCAGAUGCAACAGGAACAACAGCGAGUAAACAAACUGCAUCUGCUGCAGCUUACUGAAGAGAUUGCGUUAAAACAAUCUCAGCAGCUUCAUGAGAAACAUGAGAUGGCCAAGAAGUAUCGAAAGGCACUUGAAGCACAAAUGGAAUGUCGCUGCUCAGAAAUCUCUCAGUGUUUUGACGUGCAGCCUGUGUUUGGGCUGAUGGACUCCAAUCCAGCAACUUUAGCAGAGCAGAGACGGAGAGCGCAGAAUAUCGCUGAAGAACUGAUCAAUACAGCCAACAGCAGGAGGAGGGAAAUGCUGAAAAAAAGUUUGAAUGAGCAGAAGAGGGGAAGAGAAAUAAUGCAGAGGGACCACAAAAUAAUGUUAGAAGAGCGAAUUCAUCACGAUGAGAAGCUGCGACUCCAGCGAGCCAUGUGUGAGGAGAACUGGCAGCGCAGUGCUGACCUCAAACACCAACGAGACCAGGAGGAACUGAACCUCAGGAGGUUUGGUGGUCAAACUCUGACAGACCAGCUUGGAAAAUAUAAGCGAUGCAGCCAAUGCAAAUGCAACACCGCCAACUGCGGUAAGACCAACAUCUUCAGAGACAUGAAUUAUGUUGCUGGAUCUCGAUUAAUGCUGUAAAUCUCGAAUUUCAACCCAGAUAAUGAAGAUGAGCAAAAUAACUUGACCAGUGUAUCUUUUUUAUAUGAAGUAUGUGAGCUUUACAUUUAUCUGUUCAACAAAUAUAAUUAACAGUCCUACUAAUGGCAUUAUUUUACCAUAAACAUAUAACUGACCACAUGUCUAUGGAAAAACACCUGUAAGCACAGAACGCAGAUGAACGCAGACGCAGAAGACCCUCAUGCAGAACAGUCUACUAAAACAAUAAACUAUAAACUAAAACAAUCUGGCAUUUUUAUUUGGCAUAUUUUACAUAGAGAUGAAACACAUAAUGCAUUUAUUCUUUAGCACUGAUCUCAUCACAGUUGCUCACAGCAGCAUUUCAACCCUCAAGUUUCAACAUCAAUGAAAAUGAAGAAUGUGACAAACAUGCAGAUGCCAUUUUGUGCUUAUCUGAAAUGUUUUGAGCAGAACUUUAAAUGCGCCAUCAGCUGUAGGACAUGAUAUUGAGAUAUUUGGAAAGGUUAAAGCUUUCUGCAUGUUAUUCAUCAGUAUAAAAGACUUGGUGGAGAAUGUAUCAUCAUGCUCUAUUAGUUCAUAUUUAACAACAUAUAAUGCUCUUGUACAUUUACAUUUUGUCAUUUUACAAAAGUGACCUACAAAUGAGGACAAUAGAAGCAAUCAAACCAACAAAAGAGCAAUAAUAUGGA